AUGCUGAUUAUGUUCUCAUCUUAAAAUCUCAAAACCUCAAUUAACAAUCUUAAUCUAUAACCAAUUGGGCCCUAUCAACACAUGUUGUGCCAAAAUCACUCUUACAUGUUCGUGGCGAUUAGAGAGAUAUUGUCACACCCUUUGAUGAUUUUUCUAAUCUUGUAUAAAAAGACAUUCAUUGUUCAUUCUAUUUUCCACACACAACAUUUGAGUCAAACAUUAGAGACCACGUUAAUAUUCAUCAUGGGUGCAACAUCUAUGUCCCGUGUUACUAGGUAUUUGCCUGUUGGUUUUCGUAGGGAAUUGUCUAGGCAAAAACUGCAGCAAUAUGCAGAUACGAGUUUUGAUGAUGUUGAAUUUGAAUUUCUUGAUGAUUGUGAUAUGGGUUUAGGUAUUGGUAAUAGUUCAAGUAGUGAUGAGUUUCAUCAUGAUAAUCAUAUGGAGUUGGAUGUUGAAGAAGAUGAUGAUAAAUGUGAGAAGGUUAAUGAAGAUAGCAAUAAUGAAAAGAAUAGAAAUUUUUGGGACAGCCAAUUCCAGCUUUUGCAGACCAACCUAUACAGAACAAGUUCUAUGGAAAUAAGCAUAAGAAAUGCAACAAAAGAAGCAAUUGAAAAAAUAAAUGGAUCAAAAUUGGAGUGCAUUUGCAGUGGACAGAGUGGUGCAAACAGAUCAUGUCGACAUUGUUUUAUGAGACAAGUCUCUAGCCAGCUUCAGAAUGCUGGUUUUAACAGUGCCAUUUGUAAUACUAAAUGGAUAAAUUCAUAUACUCUUCCAUCAGGGGAGCAUACAUUUUUGGAUGUGAUGUAUACUACAAGCAAAGAGAAAGGAGAUAUUAGGGUGAUAAUAGAACUAAACUUUCGAGCACAAUUUGAGAUGGGAAAAGCAAGUGAGGACUAUAACCGUCUUGUGAGGAAACUCCCUGAGGUUUAUGUAGGAAAAGCAGAGAGAUUAAGUAACAUAAUCAAGAUUAUGUGUAUGGCAGCUAAAAGGUGUUUGAAGGAAAACAAAAUGCAUAUGGGACCAUGGAGAAAACAUAAAUACAUGCAAGCUAAAUGGUUAGGUCCAUUUAAAAGGAACACUUCAACAAAUUCACUUUCAUUGGGAUAUUCUGAGAGGAAUAUUAAUCCAAAGCAGAAGCCAAAGGCAUCAAUGUUAACCAUUGAUUUAUUAGAGAAUAUUCCGAAUAUGCAUACUACUGUUAAAGUUGUGUAAAUUGCUAUUAUUGGUCAAGGUGGAUACUUAGUUUUUUUUUCUGAAAGAAAGGUGGAAACUUAGUUAAUUGGUUUUUUCUUUAUUUUUUGGGAAUUGAUAGAUCUAGCAAGAAAAGUAUCACGAAAAUAUCCCGAUAGUAUAAUUAUUCAACAUCUUUCCUUAAUUAUA